AUGUCAUUGAACCUGAAAGAGUGAGUUUUAAAGACAUUUUCCUUGAAUAAAGUUGAAUUUUAGUAUUCUGCCAGCGCCGGUUGGAGGAGAUCUCGAUUCGCAUCAGAUUCGAAGAGAUCCAUGGUUUGGUGGACGAGGAGGAGAACCAAGCACUGCUCUAGUUACAAAAGAACCACCACCUUAUGGAAAACGAUCGGGUUUUAGACCGAGAGCCCAAGAAGAUUUUGGAGAUGGUGGAGCGUUUCCAGAAAUUCAUGUUGCACAAUUUCCUCUUGGAUUAGGAGCUGAAGAUAUGAAAGGAAAGCCUGAAAAUACUUUAGCUCUUCAGUAUGGCGCAGAUGGAAAACUACAACAUGAUGCGAUUGCUAGAGUUGGACAUGCGAAAGAUAAAACUGUAUAUUCGAAAUUAUCUGAUAUGAAAGCAAAAACAUGGAAUGAAGAUGAUGAAGAUAUUCAAAAACCAGACGAUGAUGCGAUUGCUGAAGCUACUGAAAAAACAAGAAUGGCAUUGGAGAAAAUCGUAAAUUCAAAAGUCAGUUCAGCAUUGCCAGUUAGACACGCAGAAAAGCAAGCACCUGCCCAAUAUAUUCGAUAUACUCCAAGUCAACAAAAUACAGCAACCGGUUCACAUCAAAGAAUUAUUCGGAUGGUUGAAGAGCAAAAAGAUCCCAUGGAACCACCGAAAUUCAAAAUUAAUCAAAAAAUUCCACGAGCUCCGCCAUCUCCACCAGCUCCAGUUAUGCACAGUCCACCAAGAAAAAUGACUGCAAAAGAUCAGAAUGAUUGGAAAAUCCCGCCUUGUAUUUCAAAUUGGAAGAAUCCAAAAGGUUUUACAGUUGGAUUGGAUAAAAGAUUGGCUGCUGAUGGAAGAGGUUUACAACAGGUUAAUUUUUAUAUUUUAAUGUAAAUUAAAAGUUCAAAUUUCUAGACCCACAUCAAUGACAACUUCGCCAAACUCGCUGAUGCUUUAUAUAUCGCAGAUAGAAAAGCAAGAGAAGCUGUCGAAACACGUGCACAAUUAGAAAGAAGAGUUGCACAAAAUAAGAAAGCAGAACAAGAGGCAAAAAUGGCGGAUGCGGCUGCAAAAGCGCGACAAGAAAGAUCAGCAAUGCGAAGGAAUGGAGACGAUGAGGAUGAAGGUGCGAAAGAAAGAGAUGAAAUUAGAAAGGAUCGAUUGGAUGAUAUUAGAAAAGAGCGGAAUAUUGCCAGAAGUCGACCGGAUAAAGCUGAUAAACUUCGAAGGUUUGUAGAUUUUGGUGUUGAAAGUUCUGAAACUAAAUUUUGGUUUUCGCACGCAAAAAAAUUAUGGAAUUUUCCCUCUGUUAGACCAUUUUUUCAAAAAAUUUAGCCGUGAAUUGGAACUUUUUGAACUAUGACCAACAAAAUAUUUAUAUUUAUUUUUGAUAACAAAAUUUGAUGAUUGAUCUCUAUUUUUCGGAGAACAACGUGUGAUUUUUGAAACAGCUCUAAAAAUAACACGAAUAUCAUAUUGGCUUCGAAUAUCAUAAAUACCUAUUUUGCAGAGAACGCGAUCGUGACAUCUCCGAAAAAAUCGUCUUGGGACUACCGGACACAAAUAAACGAACCGGAGAUCCGCAAUUCGAUCAAAGACUUUUCGACAAAACCAAGGUUCCUUUCUUUUUUUUUUUUUCAAGAAUUUGUUAAUCGUUUUUUCCUUUUUUUUUAGGGCUUGGAUAGCGGUGCAAUGGAUGAUGACACUUACAAUCCAUAUGAUAAAGCUUGGCGUGGCGGUGACAAUGUUCAACAACAUGUUUAUAGGCCUAGUGAGUUUAUCCGAUUGAUUUUGGUGGAAUUUUAUUGAAAAAACACCUUUUGAAUGGUCCGGCAACCCAAAAAUGAAAAAAAAUGUCUAAAAUGAAAGAUAUUCAACUCUAGAUUGUCCGAAUCUAUAUGAAAAGUUACGAAUAGGCUUUCUCGAUUUUUUAGAGCUUGGGGAAAAGCUUUCGAGAAAUGAAGUUAUUUUUUCAUAGUCCUUCCAAAGCUUUUCCUCGGGCUUUAUAAAAUCGAGAAAGCCUUUUCGCAACUUUUUAUAUAGAUUCGGACCACACCUCGGCCAAAAUCGUGGUUUCCACAAUAAAAAACUGUACGCUACAUACAUAAAAUAGGUCCUCCGAGUCAGUUUUCAAAGUUAGGGUUCCUCCUUGAAAAUUUUCCAAAGUUAAACACCUUCCUCACUUUUUGAGCGAAUUUUGGUAAAUUAUCAGCAAAAAAUUGGCCAAGUUAGGCACCCUCCUCUUCAGAUUUUUGAAAAAAGUUAAGCCCCUCACCCCGAUUCAGGGGACCCAUUUUAUGUAUGGUACGCUAACUUUUUACAGUACAAAAAUUUUGAAUUUUUCAGUUUUUGUCCUCUAAAAAUUGUGAUUUUUCAAUUUUUGAUCUCUAAAAAGUGAAAUUCAGAUUUUUCCAAAAAUUGUACUCUGGCCAGCCACGGCUUGGCCGAGGUGUGAUUCGGACAAUCUAGAGUUGACUAUCUUUCAUUUUAGACCAUUUUUAUUUAUGGGUUGGCGGCCCAUUUAAAUCCAAAUUUCUGUUUCAAUUUUCUGACUCAACAGCAUUACUUGUUUCAUUGAAACCUUCUUGUAUUUUGCCCUCCGGUGAAAUAAUCCCUUUUUCUACGAAACAGAAAUAAUUGCUCUUUUUGGGUGUGGUUGAAAGAGUUACGUAUUCCUAAUUCCAACCGAAUUGAUUGAUAAUUCUCUUAUCGCACAAAACCAAAAAUAUUUAUGAAAUGCUAGGAUCGUAAAAAACAUCAGUACCAUCUCCUGGAAAACACCAAUUAUUUGCAGGUAAAAACAUCGAUAAAGACAUCUAUGGUGAUGAUUUGGACAAGAUAAUGAGCCAAAAACGAUUUGUGGCCGAUAAAGGAUUUUCGGGAGCCGAGGGAAGUAGUCGAGGAGCUGGACCUGUUCAGGUUAGUUUUGCUUUCGUGCUCUUAUCAUUUUGUGUGUCUGUUUUUUACGAUUCAUGUGGGGUCAUGAGGGAAAUGAGAAGAAGUAAUAAUGAAUCGGAAUUGGUGAUGAUUUUUGGAUGUUUGAUCAUUUUUGAAGAGGAAUUUUUGGAAUGUUUUUGGGGUUUUCUGAUGACGAGGAAAAUUUUUGUCUCAAGUAGUCACGCCUAGAAAAAUCAGAGUCAAGGACCAGCGCCUAGAGAGCAUAUCUUUCAAGUUGCCGUACCUUGAGAACAUAGUUUUCAAGCAGCCGCGCCUUGAGAACAUAUUUAUCAAGCAGCCGCGCCUUGAGAAUAUAUUUAUUAGGCAGCCGCGCCUAGAAAGCCACUUUCGAACUAUGUAUAACAAUUACAAUUCAAUUUUUUCAACACAUCUUGCCCCGAAAUAAAAACCCCAAAAUUUUAUUUCGUCGAAAAUAACGUGGCUGGCAUUUUCGGAGUACACACUUCACACUGCGUCAUUUUCGUCUCCCCCAACACACUCAAACCGUGUGUUUUGUCACCAUCUCUAAUCGGCUCAAUUUUUCAAACUCCAAAAAAUCAGAAACGUUGAAUUUCGAAACCGAUAAGACGUAUUCUAUUUCGUAACUUAUCAAUACAUAAAGUUCAGUGAUAACUGUUUUUUUCGUCAUUGAAACCUUUUUGGAUCGACUUGGAGAGUUUCAAUGAAAAAUUCAGUGGAGCUAGUAAAAAUCAAUCAAUAAAUUAUUUUGCAGUUCGAAAAGGAUCAAGAUGUGUUCGGAUUGUCGGAUUUGUUCCAAUCUUCAUCGAAAGACAAAAAACGUGGCGGAGGCGAUGAAUCGAGAGAAGAUUCGAAAAGAUCUCGACGUGACUAG